GUUCAAUAAAGGUUCUUGCUGUUAUCACUGUGUCUUGCCUCACGGGAAACCACCUACACUUCAGUAUGUGAGACUUAUGCAGGGUUUGCGCUUUCUUUUGGUAAUAAGCCGGGGGGCCAUUUGAUGUUGCCGCCUCCUCCUUUGCCCGCCCGGGCUAUCUCCUUCUUCCAGGAGAGAGAAGGAACCCCCAUCCCCGGGCAGAGGCGACUGAAGCUCACACAAUCUGGAGGCAGGGGACUCAGUUGGAGAAACAAGUUGGGCAGGCCUAUGGCCUGGGCAGGCUGGGUCGUCCUCUUAUAUACCUGCUGGGAUUGACAAGGCAUCUGACCCUCACCUUAAUCUCAUAGCUCUCCUGUAGCUGCCUCUGAUUGGUUAUCAUUUAACUCUCAAGGGAAAUAAUUAGCAUCACAUGUCAUGUGCAUGAAAGUUGCCGAACCAAUUAACCAACUAGAAGGAUUACUGUUAAUAGCACCAGUUUUCCUAUAGUGUAACUUGAUAUUGCUGAAUAUGGGCAGGCCUAUGGCCUAGGCAGGCCAGGUCGUCCUCUUAUAUACCUGCUGGGUAUGACGUGUGAUGCUAAUUAUUUCCCGUGAGGGUCAGAUGCCUUGUGAUCAAGACCCCACCAACCUCCAGUUCGUGUGGUAUGAGGGCCAGACCAUAAUGGCAGUUUCACCUGGCAGUAUAUCACAGGUGAAACCACCACUGCUCCCGAGUCCCUCUUCCACCAGGGUGAAGCUGCCAUCGCGGUCUGGCCCUCGUACCAGUCCUGGGCAUUGGAUUGAUACAUUACCCAGGCCUAAACAUCAGCCUCACACACACACCCAUCUCACACACACGCUGGCAUCUCUUCCUGCCACAUGUUUCUUUAUGGCAUGAAUGGUGAUGCUACCCUCAUGUGCUCAGUCACCUGGUUGACUGCUGUAAAAACAGGAUUCAAGCAUUUGUGGGCUAUUGGCCUCAUCCAACUUCUUUUGUUUCUCUUUUUGAGAUUUGCGAACUACUGAAAGAAAUUUCAGCAAAACCAGAUUGCCAUUUAAUGCGUAUUAUUAUCCCCCCGAACGGUUCCCUCCCCAGCUGACUCUGCUUCUAGCCCCCCCCUUUUGAGUGGUUUUUCUUUUAUUUCCACUCCUUUCCCCACAACACAUCCUGUUCUCCAAUCUGCGCUUCAUUGCAUUAGCUGCUUGAAGAGCACCAAGGAUGUUGUUGUGUCUGGUGUUGGCUUGGUUGGGCAAAUGUCUGCUGAGAGGUUCCUUUCCGUCAAUAAGCUUCCAUUUGCUGCUCACUUUACUGUUCCCGUCAGGUAAGCAACUUCUUACUACCACCAUCUCUUAACUCCGUGGUCUUUAAACUAUUCUAACCUGGGAUUCAUUUUUAACCCCAAAAUUCACUUUUUUUUUUUGCUUAUAUCAAUAGUUUUUAAUGGUACGGUCAAACUAUUAUUUAGUCAAACUAAAUAAUAACAAUAGUCAAACUAUUAUUUACUGUCAAACUAUUAUUUAUUAGUAUUGGCUAAUCUUGAUUAUCUCGGGUUAAUCAGGUUGACACAUACUCUUUUUGAAGUUGCAACGUCUCCCUUUAAUUGUAAGCCAUCUGAUUCAACUCUUAAUUUAUUUUACCUGCAUUCCUUUCUUUUUCUUAUAAGGCAGUGCUGUAGACCAGUCUGCAGAUAUGAUUGUCAGGGGAAAUGAGCGAGUCAUUCUGAAAUGCUCCCAACUGAAAACCCGCUUUAGCUACAUGUACUGGUAUAAGCAAGAAAGGAGGAAAGAUGCACGGCUCCAGCUAGUGAUUUAUUCGAGAGAAGGUGGUGGAGACAGGUUUCCUAUUGAGACGGAAUUUCAAGACUUCUUUGAGAGCCCUGGAAUGCGAGAUUUCAGCUUGAAUCUGAUCUUGAAAGAAGCAAAGCCGAGAGACACGGGCACCUACUUCUGCGCUAAGCAAGAUCUCACAGUGAAGCGGCUGCACAGGAAACCAGUCACAAACCCCUUCACUGGGGAAUGUACAUGAUAAUUGUUGCUGCACAGAUAUGACCCAAGAUAUUUUGCUGCCUGAGGAGGAAAAAUCCAAGUGCCAUCCAUGUUCUACUAAUUAAACAUGAGACAUAACUGACUGGGAAGUUCUCCUGGAUCAGUCACUCUCUCUCUCUCUCUCUCUCUCUCUCACACACACACACACACACACACACACA